AUGUCAUCAAAUCAUCCAAAUCAAGAGUCAACAUCAACAUUAAAGAACUAUCAUCAUCUACGUCAUUUCUCAUCUCAAUCAUUGUACGAUCAAGAAGUUUCAACCAAUCAUCAAACUACUCAUUCAACAAGAUCUAGUUUACCUGAUAUCACUCCAUCAUCAUCAUCCUCAAAUCCUCAAUCCAAUCUCAAUUCAAAUCCUACAUUUUCAACUUACGUUUCGAGGCGUUCGAUCAUAGCUAAUAAAGCAUUAAACUUAUCAUCAAAGUUAAUCAACAAAUCAGCUAGUUAUUUAUCAUCGACUACUAGAGAUCUAGAUCAAUUUAAUUUUCCGAAAACUCAAUCAACCUCUCAAGCUCGAUCAACUAGAAAUCAAUCUCAAACUUGGGAAGAUUGGGAUAAUGAUACAUCAAAUUGGCAUAUGCAAAGAGGUGGUAAUCAAUUACCUGACCCUCUUACUCAAUCUCAAUCUCAAUCUCAACUUACGAAAGUAUCAUCAUCAAACCCUUCAACUCCCAACGCUUAUUCCUCGGCUAGCGCUUAUCUUUCAUAUUUCAAUCGACAAAAUCGACAAAAGCGUAACAAAGAAUCAUAUACUGAAGAUCACUUAGUUUGCUUCCCAGGUUAUGCCGCGCUCAAGUCACCAUCACACUCGAGAGCUGGUGAUAUCGAGGUAUACCUAUCCUUUCAUGCAUUUCGAGCCAAGAAUGAUCUUGAAAAAUUGAAUCGAUCACAAAGAUUAUUCUAUUCAAUGAUCUGUAGACUUACAGGUUUGCCAGCUCGUAUCGGCGAUAAAUACUAUGCUACCUCCCAAUCUCCAUCUGGAUCACAACUUGAUGUCAACAAUCAAGAGAGUCAAGAUUUGAUUACUUGGAGUGAUGAUGAUUCACCUCAGAAACCUUUUCAUGACUCUCCCCAUGCAUCCACAUUCUCUUCAUCAGCCACACCUACCAAGAAUAAUCCUAAACCUGAUCUCGCACGUAAACCUCUCACCAUUCCGGCUUCCGAUCCACCUAGACCACCUCAAAGAAUUACCAUGACAUUACCAACCCCCAUCAAACCUCGAGAAUCUAAACCGUUUGACGAUCACCCCCCACAGAAUUCUUCUCGAUCUUCAUCUGAUUCCUUCACCUCUUCAUUGUCCUCUAAUCCUCCAAGUGCAUCACUCAAACCCGAUCCUAGCUUCAUUGAUAAAGAUGUGAUGAGGUUACAUACCAAUCUUAGAGAACGACUUCGAGCAUUCUUUUCAGUCAAGAGCGAAGGCCGACAAAUUAGGGUCAAACUUUAUGGGAUAUGUGAUCCAAUCUCGUCAGGUACAUCAGACAGUUUGACGAAAAAGAGAUAUUUUGGUAAAUCCAACUUUGAAGAAGAGAAACAAGGCGUACUUCUUAAUCAGGGUAGACCAUUACUCACGCAAGUUAUCACGACUCGUCAAGGUGGGAUUUGGGCUGAGAGAUUAGUUUUGCCUUGGCAAAGUAUUGAAAGUCAUCUGAGGAUGGCUCACCCGAAUCAUAAAUCGGGGAUCACCAAGAUUAAAAUCGAAGCUGCACUUUUGAGUGAAGAUGGUGAUCCAGAUGAUGGGCCAGGUGUAGUUAAUACACACGCUUCUUUAGUGACAGAAGUCGACGUGAUUCCUUCACUAUCAACAUCGGUCCAUCUAAUUUCAGAUAUAGAUGAUACCAUCAAGAGUACCAAUGUUUUGGGGGGCAUGAAGACAGUCUUAAGAAAUGUGUUCCUGAAUGAAUUUGAAGAAGUGAAAGUCACUGGGAUGUCAACUUGGUAUCAAGCUUUAUCAAGCUUAGGCGUUUGGAGUCAUUAUAUCAGUAAUUCUCCACUUGAGCUUUGGGAACCUAUUGAACGAUUCUUAUCACAUGAUCAAUUUCCCUUUGGUUCAGUUAGUUUGAAAGAAUACGCAAGAGGAGCUGGAUCAAUCUUGUCUGGAAUGUUAGAAUCAUCAGGAGCAAGGAAACGUGCAAGGAUUGAACGGAUCAUCACCGAGUUUCCGAAUUCAAAGUUCAUUUGUGUGGGUGAUAGUGGUGAACAAGAUUUAGAAAUGUAUGUUGGAUUAGCAUUAAGUUAUCCUAAUCAAAUCAUAGCAAUCUAUAUUCGAGACGUAACUAGUACAACUGCUACUGCGACAACUUCUACAACCACGACCACAACCACAACCAUAGCCAAUGUAUCAAGUCAUCAGAAUACUAAAAGACCAAUGGCACCACCUAAACCGAUCCAUUUACAAUCUAAUUCAAUUCAAUCUACUACGACAAGUUUAUUGGAAGAGAAUCCAGUGAUUGAAUUAUUGAAAAGUAGAUUGAAAAAAGCUGAAAAUGAUUUAUUAGGAAAAUCAAUUCGGCUGAAAAUGUUUAAAUCUGGAUUUGAUUGUAUUGAAGAAAGUUUAGAACUUGUGAAGAAUGUAGGUUUAGAUUCUUAAAGCUCUCUAGUCAAUUUUCAUUUUUAUUUAUAUCUUUUGAAAGGGUUUCUUUCUUUGUGAUUACUUGAUUCUUCUUUUUUUUGUGGGUGUUUGUUCAAGUACUUGGAGAGUUUAUAAGUUAAAAUGAUUUGAUUUUUGGUUUUGUGUUGUGUCGUGUUGUGUUGUGUUGUGUGUUUUUCAUUUUGUGAAGAAGAAAAAAGUGUGAAGAAUAACAAAACAUUUUGGAACGGUUUGAAUUAUUUAAUUUUUGUAUGAUUUCCUUAUAAUUUUUUUUACAAAAAUCCAGAUUUUUUUGUGUAUUAAAAUUUUUGUAUUCUCACUAUAUAUAGACAUCAUAUUUAAUUAUAAAACAAUCAAAUUAGUAUAAGAAAAAAACCAAUUGAUUUUUAAUUUUAAUG